AGUGGAAUUUAACUUCACACUGACUAACUACCACAUCGGAGUGAGUGUGAAGAUGGGCAGACAGUUUGCAGUUUGGGCAUUUGCCGGCUGUGUCUCGGACUGGCCCGCUCUUGUCACAGGCCUCCGCUUUUCUGGCCACGUGGUGAUAGCACCUGAGGUUCUGCCGGAGACUCACAUUUGGCCUCAAUGUGAAGUUAAAGUAGAGACUCCCACCUCCGUGUGUUGUGAUCAGGGUGUCGACUCACUGGUCAUGCCUGAGGAGGGGGGUUCUGUUCUAGAUGGUGACUGCCAGCAAAAGUAAACGCUCAUCCUAGAUGUCAGGCAUCCCUCCUUCCACUGGAGUGAAAAUCCCCUCCAGAUACCAACGAAACGUCAACUGCAGAAAAUGCUCCGCAGUCUAAGGAUGUCAGCAACCUAACUUCAUGCGCCCCAUCUGGCCCGUCGUCGUGGGUGGUUUACCAUCGGAAAGCCCUGUCAGCUCUGACCCCGGCCCUGCUCCUGCGUCUGAGAUGUCUCUGCUUCAUGCACUGGGCCCCGUGCAGACCUGGCUGGGACAGGAGCUGGAGAAGUGCGGCGUCGACGCCGUGGUCUACACACGCUAUGUCCUCAGUCUUCUGCUGCAUGACAGCUGUGACUACGACCUACAGGAGCAGGUACUGGAGAAUGACAUCUUCCUGGGCUGGGAAAAAGGAGCUUAUAAGAAAUGGGGAAAGAGUAAGAGAAAGUGCUCCGAUCUAACUCUGGAAGAAAUGAAAAAGCAGGCUGCUGUCCAGUGUCUCCGAUCGGCUUCUGAUGAGAGCUCCGGCAUCGAGACUCUGGUGGAGGAGCUCUGCUCCCGGCUGAAAGACCUUCAGAGCAAGCAAGAAGAGAAGAUUCAUAAAAAGUUAGAGGGCUCCUCCUCUCCCGAGGCAGAACUAUCCCCUCCAGCGAAGGAUCAAGUGGAAAUGUACUAUGAAGCGUUUCCACCACUUUCGGAGAAACCCGUCUGCCUGCAGGAAAUCAUGACUGUGUGGAACAAGUCUCCGGUCUGUUCUUACUCUCGCUCUUCUUCGUCAUCCACAGCGCCCCCCGCCAGCACAGACACGUCCUCCCCCAAGGACUGCAACAGUGAGGGCGAGGCCGUCAAGGGCAGAAGCCACGAAGCGCCCACCACUGCACAUGAGAGAACCCAGAGCAAAAGCAAAAAUGAGAAGGAGAACAAAUUUAGUAAUGGCACCAUGGAAGAGAAGCCUGCUUUGUACAAAAAGCAAAUUCGACAUAAACCUGAAGGAAAGAUUCGCCCUCGCACAUGGUCUUCCGGCUCCAGUGAAGCAGGCUCAAGUUCAGGUGGUAACCAGGGGGAACUAAAAGCAUCCAUGAAGUGUGUGAAAGUGAGACAUAAGACACGAGAAAUUCGAAAUAAAAAAGGGCGGAAUGGGCAAAACAGGCUGUCUCUGAAGCAUGGUGAGAGGGCAGAGAGAAACACUCACGCUGGAAGCAGCAGUAGCAGCAGCAGCAGCAGCAGCGGGUCCAUCAAACAGCUGUGCAAACGGGGUAAGCGACCCUUAAAGGAGAUGGGGCGGAAGGACGCGGGGAGCACCGAGGGCAGAGACCUGUACAUGGAGAGCAGAAGCGAGAAGGAGUAUAAAGAGGAGCCUCUGUGGUAUACCGAGCCGAUCGCCGAGUACUUCGUUCCUCUGAGCAGGAAGAGCAAGCUGGAGACCACAUACCGGAACAGGCCAGAUGCAGGCGGCCUGACGUCAGAGGCGGUGGAGGAGCUGUCUGAGUCAGUGCAAGGUCUUUGCCUCAGCAGCAAUGCUAUUCAUAAAACAUACCUCCCGGCAGGUACUUUCAUCGAUGGUCAUUUUGUCGAAAUGCCUGCGGUUAUAAACGAGGAUCUUGACCUCACUGGGACCUCAUUCUGUUCUCUCCCAGAGGACAACAAAUACUUGGAUGAUAUUCAUCUCUCAGAAUUAACCCACUUCUAUGAAGUGGAUAUUGAUCAAUCCAUGUUGGAUCCUGGUGCCUCAGAGACAAUGCAAGGAGAAAGUCGGAUUUUGAAUAUGAUUCGACAGAAAAGCAAAGAGAAAGCAGAUUUUGAGGCAGAAUGUUGCAUAGUGUUAGAUGGGAUGGAGCUGCAAGGGGAUCGUGCAAUACGGACAGACUCCACCAGCCCCGGGGGUGCCGAGGGCUUCUUCCUGCAGGACCUCGGCGGCCUGGCGCAGUUCUGGGAGUGCUGUUCAUCCAGCUCUGGCGAUGCUGACGGGGAGAGCUUUGGAGGUGAUUCUCCCAUUCGGCUCUCUCCGCUCUUAGACAGCACAGUGCUUGAGCCGCGCUUGCUCGCUGGCAACCAGGAGCUCUUUUCAGAUAUUAAUGAAGGAUCUGGUAUAAACUCUUGUUUUUCAGUGUUUGAAGUGCAAUGCAGUAAUUCUGUUUUACCAUUUUCUCUUGAAACACUCAACUUGGGAAAUGAAAAUACAGAUUCCAGUGCUAAUAUGUUUGGGAAAACGCAGUCUAGGUUGCUAAUAUGGACCAAAAAUAGUGCCUUUGAAGAAAAUGAACACUGUUCAAAUCUUUCAACGAGAACGUGUAGCCCGUGGUCCCAUUCAGAAGAGACACGUUCAGACAAUGAGACAUUGAAUAUUCAGUUUGAGGAAUCCACGCAGUUUAAUGCAGAAGACAUGAAUUAUGUAGUUCCUAGAGUCUCGUCAAAUUAUGUAGAUGAAGAACUUCUAGAUUUUUUGCAAGAUGAAACUUGCCAGCAAAACAGUAGAACUUUAGCAGAAAUUCCUACUUUAGUUUUCAAAAAAAGAUCUAAACUAGAAUCUGUCUGUGGUAUUCAGCUAGAACAAAAAACAGAAAACAAAACCUUUGAAACGACGCAGGUAGGGGGCGGAAGCAGCCCGCAAGGAGACGGCUACAGCUCAGGGGUCAUUAAAGACAUUUGGGCCAAGAUGGCAGGUAGGAAUUCUGUAGCCAUGAUAGAAAUAGAAGGGAUGGAUGCCGAGUUGUUUCCGACAGAUCUAAAUAACCACUGCUGCUGUUUGGAUGCUGAAGCGAAAAUGGAGCCCCUCCAGGUGCCCAGUAAGGCUGUGCAGAGGUCAGAGUACCAUCUGUGGGAGGGGCAGAAAGAGAACGCGGAGAAAAGAGCUUUUGUUUCUGGUGAGCUCUCGAAGGUGGACGGUGGUGAUUACACGACUCCCUCCAAGCCCUGGGACGUAGCCCAAGAUAAAGAGAGCACGUUCAUUCUCGGAGGCGUUUAUGGAGAACUCAAGACCUUUACUAGCGACGGGGAGUGGGCAGUGGUGCCACCCAGCCACACAAAGGGAAGCCUGCUGCAGUGUGCAGCUUCCGACGUGGUGACAAUAGCUGGUACGGAUGUCUUCAUGACCCCGGGAAACAGUUUUGCUCCUGGCCACAGGCAGCUGUGGAGACCCUGCAUGUCAUUUGAUCAGAGCGAUCAGCCUAAGAGCGGGGAAAAUGGAUUAAACAAGGGGUUCUCUUUUAUCUUCCAUGAAGACUUACUAGGAGCUUGUGGUAACUUUCAAGUUGAAGACCCUGGACUUGAAUAUUCCUUCUCCUCCUUUGACUUGAGCAAUCCAUUUUCACAAGUUCUUCAUGUAGAAUGUUCAUUUGAACCUGAAGGGAUUGCAUCUUUCAGCCCUAGUUUUAAACCGAAAUCAAUCCUCUGCUCUGAUUCAGACAGUGAGCCUUUCCACCCCAGGAUUUGUGGUGUUGACAGAACACAGUAUCGGGCUAUUCGGAUCUCUCCUCGGACUCACUUUCGUCCAAUUUCUGCAUCUGAGCUGUCCCCGGGAGGGGGAAGCGAGUCAGAAUUUGAAUCUGAGAAAGAUGAAGCAAAUAUUCCCCUUCCGCCUCAGGUUGAUGCGUUUGAAGAUCCACAGGCAGAUCUAAAGCCACUGGAGGAAGAUGCAGAGAAAGAAGGCCAUUACUAUGGAAAAUCAGAGCUGGAGUCUGGAAAAUUCCUUCCCAGGUUAAAGAAAUCUGGAAUGGAAAAGAGUGCUCAGACAUCCCUGGACUCCCAGGAGGAAUCCGCUGGGACGCUCCCGGCAGGGAAGCAGAGUCAGUGUGCGGGGUGCAGCGGGGGCAACUCUCUGGAAAUCGACUUAGGAAGUUCAGAAGCAAAUUGUAAAAUAAUGGCUCACUGUGAGGAAGAAAUUAAUAAUUUUUGCAGUUGCAAAGCAGGUUGUCAGUUUCCUGCUUAUGAAGAUGACCCAGUUCCUCCGGGGCAGCCGGAAGAGUUCCCCGUAUUGAACACUGAUGAGCAAGGAAUGAAUAGAAGUCAAGAAAAGCAGACCUGGUGGGAAAAAGCCUUGUACUCUCCUCUUUUUCCUGCGCCAGAGUGUGAAGAACCUUACACACACGCCAGGGCCGAGAGUGGCAUGGAAGAGCAUCCAGAUGCUAAAGAAAUGCCCAGUAAUGAAGAGCGUCUGUUAGAUUUUAAUAGGGUGUCUUCUGUUUAUGAAGCGAGGUGCGCGGGAGAGCGAGACUGUGGCGCGAAGGCCAGCGGCUUCCGCAGAAAGCUGUGCUCGAGCGGCAGCUCCGGCUCCGAAGACACCGGCGCAGAAGGCGGAGGCGAGUGGGCGGGCCCCGGCCCGGAGGGGCUCUUCUCCCGGACUCACCUCUGAGCCCGCGGAGCCCCCCGCUCCCCGCGUGAGACCGGUCACCCAAGAGCAGCACUUAGGCGGCUUCUUCACGUAACUGAUCCCGAUCAGUGAUUCUCUUUCUCUUCUCGCUUCUCUUAGAGUUGAGGACAGCUCUCCUGGUGAAGAUUUUUUUCCAGCUGUUAAAUUCUUGGCUCUUUGAAAUAGACUAGAUAGUGUUGUCCAAUCAAGAAUGGGUGUGCAUGUGCUUGUCCUAGAAGUAUCACUGCUUUUUGCAUCUUACCUGCAGGCCCCUCCUCCUAACUGCAGCCGUGCGGCCCCAGCCCGGGCAGCCUCCGCGCUUCAGAGACGCUAGCUUGGGACGCUUAGGCUCUGUUCUCUGAGAACCGGGACAUUCACACUCGCCCUGGCACGGAUCAGUGCCUUUCUGAAGGCAAGAGGGAAGCAUGGGUGGCGCCUCCACGGUCUUCAUUCAGUGCAGCCUCACGCACGCUGGAAGUAGGACCCGCAGGGGUAUGCUUUAGAGACUUAGAAAAUACUGUGUUUUCUGUCUUAGGAUUUCCCCCCAAAGUAUCAUGGCAGAUACUGCGGUUUGUGACUUUCUUGCUAACAGAAGAAGCCAGGGCUCUGGGGUGCGGGGUGGUGACGACACAGCCGGGGUGAGAGUGCUCCCUCAACACGUGCUGAGACUGCUGUUUCGUGGCACCGAGACACCUUCAAGGUGAUUUGUGGCCAGUCUUCUGGGACGUGGUGAGGUCCCUAGUUGCAAAUUGUGAUCUUCUGGUGACUUAGAGAAUUGGAGCCCCCAAAACGCAAAAUUGUGAGCGUUUGACGUGACACCUUAUCACCCCAAGAACCCUUGGCUGCUGCAGCUAGCUCCCCUUGUGCUGUGGUUUAUUAGAGCUUAGAUCACAUUUUGUUUGAGAGAAUGUUGAAGUUGGGCAAGUUGUGUGUGUGGCGGGUUGCGGGGCGGGCAGCGGAAGGGUUCUCCCGCCGUCGCCCCCUGACCUGGGAGCCGGGGCCCGCGCGCCGGUCUGCUCGUGCCUCCCCCUUCCCGGGGCAGCGCCCGAAGCUGGAGGAGCGACACUCGCCAAACCUAAGCAUUUUGCCUUUUUAUUUUCCAACUCGUUGUUUCCAAGGCCUCGUGUGUGAGGCGGCUUCGGCAUGUCCGCAGCGUCAGGGGCUGCGGAGAAGCCUGCUGUGGUCCGGACCGUUUCACGCCGCCGCUGGCAGGCGAGGCGCACGCUUGGGGGCCGGCCGGGAGCUGGGCUGGCUGGGGGAGGCGCGAUUCGCUUUGAGCGUUGGGUCUGGUGGCCUUUUCCUGACGAUGGCACCGACGGCCCUGGGCCGUGGCGCUGCCCAGCUUCCGGGGUGCUGCCUGUGUGCGCCCCGCGGCCCCGCCGGCGUUGCCCUCGCCGCGUGUCAGGGCUUGUCCGAUGCAGCACAUCUUUUGACACUUUGAAGUGGGUGUGUGUGUGCGUGCGCGUGUGUGUAAGGUUUUAUGUUGCUCUUAUUUAUUUACAGACUUUAUAAGGUUUUUAUGUAUUUUUCUUUCUUCUGGAGCUUCCUAAAAGUUGAUUAGCAUCUGCACUGAAAUAUAAUUUAACAGCAAAGGCAAAAAAGAAUUGGAAGUUGUAAAUUCCUAAAAUCACUACAGUGACGAUCAGCUUAGAAAUCGUUGCUUAUGUAGCAAAGACCAAAUAAGUAUAUUUCAGACACAACCUUUAGCUCAGUUGACUGGGGACAGCUGCUUUUACCCCGGAGGGGCCGCCGGUGGGGACGGCACAGCCUCCCGACGCUGUGGGGGGCCCGGGCCUCCCGGGGGGAUGGGUCCUCCGUGGGCGAGGGGACUAACAGGUUCUGUAUUUAUUGGUUUUCUUAGUGAAGGGACUGAGGCCUCGAGGCUUUCAGUAGCAGAGUUGAAAGUGUGAUUUUAGUUUUGUGACAGAGUGAUCACAAAGAAAACGUAUUUUUUAAAAAGUUGGCAAAACGCUGAGACGCACUGUGGUAUGAAGCGGGUUGCAAACCCAUAGCACUGAAGGGUCGGUUCUCAUUCCUCGGCUGAGAUUUUUUUCCCGUGGUUGUAUUGUUCUGAUUUCACGUACACCAGAGUAACUGAUUUUUUUUUGUUGUUGUUUUCUUGUGGAGUUAACACCAAAUAAAAAAAAAUUGAAAACAGUCGGUUGUCUUUAUUCGUCGUAGC